AUCUAAUGGGAUGUUCUCAUACAACUACUAUAGAUGAACCUUUAAGCGAAAAACUAAGAAUUAAAGCUAUUGAAAUCUUCAAAAAAAUUGAUAUUAAAGGCAAUGGAACAAUUGACAAAUAAGGAACUUAACAGUUUUGGUAUUCUAAUCAUUUAAAUACUAAGGAAGUCUAAUUUUGCUAAACUUAAUACUGAAGCAUUAUUCGAUGCUGUAGAUUUUGAUAAGAGUGGAGAUAUCACCGAAGAUGAAUGGAUGGCAUUUUGGGAAAUUGUUAAAAAAAAUGGUUAUUCAGAAGAAGAAAUCAAUCUUGAAGUAUGUCUAUUCUUAUUUCUUUCUAGUUGGAUGAAUUAAUGGAAGGAAAAGCUUGGGUUUAAUUCAAAAGAGUAGAUAGAUUCAUCAAAAUUGAUGAAAAAAGAAGUGGAUCUAGAGUUAAAUCCAUUGUUCAAGAAGAAAAAAAGAAACUUUCUAUCAUCCAGUCUGCUCGAUUGCAUAAAAGUAAAACUAUGCAAAGUGAAGGUUAAGAGUUACUUUAAGAUCAAUAAGAAUAAUCUUGAUUAUAUUGAUGAUUAACAAAAGAUUUUAUUUUAAAC